AUGAAAAUCUCUACAACAAUGACCAAGUUAGCAGUUUUUUGCAGCGGUACUUUUUUGGCAAGAUGGUUUACUUUCUUCAAGUUUGGCUAGUUCUGGCUCUUCUCGCAGUAGCUUGGCCAGCAAGUCUGCCGAUAGCACAUGAGUGCAACUGCGACGCAAUCGAAUACAAAGAAAUGGUGACUCGAUUGUCCCUUCUUGAAGCAAGUGUCUCCAGUCUUAAGACGAUUAUCGUCAGAUUGAAACAAGAAACUAACAAGAUGAAGAAGCUGACUCUGGCCUCUCUGAAUGUUGCUCUGACUCCUGAAGAGGAUCAAUGUAAACAGUCGCAGGAACUGUACCAUCUUAUUGAAGGUCUUUCUAUCCACAUUGGUGUUGGACAUGGAUCGUGCGAGUUAAUGGGAACGAUCCAGUACCCUGCCGUAUCGUGCAAGAACCUGAUGGAGACGUGCCAACAACAGCCUAGUGGGUUGUAUUUCGUGCAAGGAUCGACUUCUUCACAAGUGUACUGUUUGAUGGACGAGUUCGGAGGCGGCUGGACACGUUUUGGAAAAGGCGGCAUGGAAUCGACAUGGAACUACAGGGACGAGGAUGAAACCGAGGUAAACCUCGAUCUCAUCUCACCCCAGGACAUCAAAAUGAUCAAGGUGUCUGACUUCAACACCUUUAAGAUCUUCACAGAUGUAGAGUUUUAUCUUCAAGCCGAAGAUUCGUCGAAUCCAUCCACCUUGAUCGCAUUAACUCUGCCGUCGCUCGAACCCAAAUCUAUUAGCAUUGGACAAGGACGGGAUCACACCCACUUGGAGUUGACGGAGGAAGGCAAUCGUCUUGCUUGUCGUUCCGGGACAGCCAUUUUGACUCAGUGCGGUGAGGGGAAUUUACCGCCGAUCGACAUGCCGUCUAAGCCGCUCGUGCUAAUCUCAGUGUUCUUCGGUCCCCGAGCGGUAGGCCAGGGAGCCGAUGGGACCCACGGCUGGGCAAGGAAUCGCUACACGUGGUCGGGCUCUUAUUAUUACCUCUUGGCCAAGUAGGAAUGAAAAUCAUAUUUAUGUGGGAUUUGCUGUAAAAAUAAUUUAUUAUACAUAAUUGCAAUUUCCUAAUUACUCUUUCCAUAACUUUUUAGUGUUUCUUCUAUUUUGUAAUAGCCUAUUAAUGAUGUAAACAUAUAUUUUUACAACUUACUAUGAUUUCAAAUGAAUUUUACGAUUAUCCAAACCCUUUUUUCAAUGGUUAUCUUUUGGGGGGCCCCGAGAGCAUUGUUUGUUCGUCCAAAGAAAGUCGAUUUUGUUUUGUUUUGAAUAAUUAACCAAUUAUAUUCGUAUGUUUGGGAAUAAUAAACCCAAUUUGGUAGGUCUAGAGUCAGAAAAAACACAACACUUUCACUGGAUUCAACUUUGUUAUCAAAAUAUGUCUGCACUAACAAGAUUAUUGCUGUUUCACCAUUGUUCGACCGUCCCAGUUUGUGAGUU